CCCUCGCUCGAGCAGAACGAUUCUGUACGGGAUGUUGAUUGUUUCUCUUCAUAAUGUUUUCCUUGUUUUAUUUUCUAUCCUAAUAGUUUAAGUUAUUUAACAGUUUUACACUCUUCCGCUCGUUAUUACUACGUGUUUGUGCGGAGAACUGAAGCGAAGGGAUUGAGUGUGUUUCGAAGCGAUUAUAACUGCCUGAGCCUGAGGCACUUGACUUGGUCCCCGUACCGCGUAUUAAUCCCUGAACAGAGGAGGUGACACAUGGACAGAAGAAGUGGACAUUGACAGGAUCUCACUGGGCGGUGUAACGGCACAAGGAGAGAAGAUUGAAGAGGAUCAUCGUGGCAGGAGCUGAAAACCCUUCAGUGUCACUCCACAGCCUCCCAUGUGAAUCAGACUGUUUUGGGGACAGUGACCUCUUACUCUGAGGACUCAGUAGCACUCAUGGAUAUGUGUGUAAAAAGUGAGCCUGAAGAUGAGCACAUUAAGGUGGGCUCAGGGCUGCACCUGGAUACUCACCACAUUAAAUCUGAGAUUGUCAGAGUCAAAAUAGUGGAGGACAAUACUCAUCUACAACUGUACAGAACUACUGAGGGGUUCUGCCCUCCAUCAGAGCAGUUAAACUCUUUUUCUUGCCCUUUAACCAAACAACAUAAAUCAGAAACAGGUGAAGUGAAGGUAGAACAGCAUUCUCAGUUACAGGAACCUUCUAGUACAGAGAAUAUUAAUGAAUCUGCACAUGGUCACAUAAAAGAAGAAUGGACAGAUUUGAAGGAGCUGAUGUCCAAACAAAGGGUGCUCUGGAACAAUCUGGGGGAUGCGUCACCAGUACUGUGAUUCAUAAGGCCACCGAACAGCCACGUCAUGAUGGUGUUGCCUGUAGUGCUCAGAAGUGGCAAUUCCUUCAAGGCAAAGAGGUCUUUGACAGUCAGUCAAACCUGAAAAUGUGUUCGCAGAAUGACCCAGAAUACAAACAUUAUGUGCGAAGUGAAACAAGUUUUUCCAAAGUUGUUCACUUAAAAGAGCACCAGCUUUUUCAUUCUGGUGAAACGCCAUAUAGAUGUAGCAAAUGCAGUAAGUGUUUUGCCCGAAAAAAUGAUUUUAAAAAGCACCAGGUUGUUCAUUCUGGUGAGAAACCAUUUAAAUGCAGUGAUUGUGGAAAGGGUUUUUUCCAGGGAAGUCACUUAAAAGAGCAUCAUCGUGUUCAUACUGGGGAGAAACCAUAUAAAUGUAGUGAAUGUGGAAAGAGUUUUUCCCGUGGAGGUAACUUAAAGCAGCACCAGCUUGUUCACUCUGGUGAGAAACUAUAUGAAUGUAAUGAAUGUGGAAAGAGGUUUUCCCAUGGAAGUACUUUUAAACAACAUCAGGUUACUCAUUCUGGGGAGAGACGGUAUAAAUGUUAUCAGUGUGGAAAGAGUUUUACUCAAGGAAGUACUUUAAAAGAGCAUCUGCGUAUUCAUUCUGGUGAGAAGCCAUAUAAGUGUGAUGAGUGCGGAAAGAGUUUUUCUCAUGGAGGUCACUUAAAACUCCAUCAGUUCCUUCAUUCUGGUGAGAAACCCUUUAAGUGUAGCGAAUGUGGAAAGAGUUUUUUACAAGGAAGUACCUUAAAACAGCACCAGCUUAUUCAUUCUGGCAAGAAACCAUAUCAAUGUACUGAAUGUGGGAAGAGUUUUUUACAAGGAAGUACCUUAAAACAGCACCAGCUUAUUCAUUCUGGUGAGAAACCAUAUCAAUGCAGUGAAUGUGGGAAGAGGUUUUCCCGAGGAGCUCAUUUAAAAGAGCACCAGGUUGUUCAUUCUGGUGAGAAACCAUAUACAUGUGCUCAGUGUGGAAAGCGUUUCUCCCAUGGAGGUUACUUAAAACAGCACCAGCGUAUUCAUUCUGGUGAUAAACCAUAUAAAUGCGAAGAAUGCGGAAAGAUUUUUAACCAAGGAGGUCACUUGAAAGAGCACCAGCUUGUUCAUUCUGGUGAGAAGCCACAUAAAUGUAGUGAGUGUGGUAAACAUUUUUCCUAUUUACGUACCUUGAAAAAGCACCAAUUUCUUCAUUCUGGUGAGAAACCAAUUAAUGUAUUGAAUGCAGAAAAAGUUGUGCGCCAGGAGACGAAGAGGGUCUCGCUGAACUGCAUGACAAAGGACAAGGAGAGAAGACUGGAGAGGACCGUCAUGGCAGAAUCGGCACAUGAACAGGCUUUAAUGUCAUUUGACGACCUCCCAUCCGAAUCAGACUGUUUGGGGAGCACGUUGAGCCCUUUCUCAGACACGACAGCAGUCAUGGAUAUGUGUAUAAAAACUGAGCCUGAUGAUCAGGACAUUUCCCACCCUGAAGAGAUGGAGUCAGGGCUGCAUCUGGACACUGAGCAAAUUAAUACAGAGAUUGUAAUGGUCAAGAUAAAGGAGGACCAUUCUGACUUGCAGCUGUGUAGCACCACUGAGGAGUUCUGCUGUCCCUUGGAGCAGUUGAACUCUUCCGCUUGUCUUUUAUCCAGGCAGCGUAAAUCAAAGACAGGUGCAAUCAAAGUACUGCAGCGUAAUCAGUUCCAGGGUCCCUCCAGUACCAAGUUGCCAGUUAAUGAAGCUGCGUGUGACCUUUUGCAAAAUACUUCAGUGAAGCUGGAGGACAGUUUAAUAGCUGCGGGGGAUUAUGUCCAAAAAAAGGGUGCUAUGAAACAGUCUGUAGUACCUGUCGUGAGUGAUACAAGUCACAAGGCCAGGAAACAGCUCUGUCGUGAUGGCGCUACCCAAAAAUCCCAGAAGUGGCAAUGUCCUCAGUGCAGAAAGGUUCUCAAAAGUCAGUCACAACUGAAAAUACACUUGCAGAUUCACUCAGGGGUCAAGUAUUGUUGCAUAGAGUGUGGAAGAAGUUUUUCUCAGCCUUUUCGCUUGAAGCAGCACCAACUUAUGCAUUGUGGAAAACAAACAUAUUCAGGUCAAGGUGGAAAGACGUCUUCUACAGGAGAUGAAUCAAAGCAUGAUCAGCUUGUUCAUUCUGGUGAGAAACCAUAUGUGUGUAGUGAAUGUGGAAAGAGCUUUUCCAGAGGAGAUCACUUGAAAGAGCACCAGCGUGUUCACUCUGGCGAGAAACCAUAUAAAUGCAGUGAGUGCGGGAAGAGUUUUUCCAGAGGAUAUAACUUAAAACAGCACAAGCUUAUUCAUUCUGGUGAGAAAUCAUUUCAGUGUGCUGAAUGUGGAAAGAGUUUUUCCCGAGGAGGUAUCUUAAAACGGCACCAGCUCGUUCAUUCCGAUGAGAAACCACAUAAAUGCGGUGAAUGUGGGAAGAGUUUUUCUAGAGGAAAUCAAUUAAAGCAGCACAAGCUUGUCCAUUCUGGUGAAAAACCAUAUAAAUGUGCUCAGUGUGGAAAGGGCUUUUUCCAUGCAGGUAACUUAAAACAGCACCAGCUUGUUCAUACCGGUGAGAAACCAUAUGAAUGUAGUCAGUGUGGGAAGAACUUUUCCCAAGGAGGUACUUUAAAACGACACCAGCUUAUCCAUUCUGGUGAGAAACUGUAUAAAGGUCGAGAGUGUGGGAAAAGUUCUGCUUUGAGGUUGUAUUGAAAACAUGCAACAAAACACUGAAUGUUUGUCUCCUUCUGGCCAAUGAACCAAAGUUUGCAGUUUAGUGCAGAAAGAAAUGGUCAAGUCUCUACUGCUUCAGUACAUCAGAUUUACAAAGGGAAUAAACUCGUGUGGGUUUGAAUUGAAAUGAAUUAAUUCUUGGUGCUUGUGGGAGAGUUUGCACUCGAGUGUGAACUUGCACACUGUUCUUCUGGAUCAUCUCUAGAGCCCACAUGUUGGGUUUGGGUCCAUCCUGACUCUGUUCUCCAUCUGAACCCUGGACUCCCCCACAAGGCCGCUCCAAAAUGACCACAGCAGCCAUCGAUCAUUCAUGGUCAUCUGGGGCCAAGGAGCACGCAUAUUUCCUCCGUGUGACAUCUGGAGUCUUUCUUGAAUUUUACUGGUUUUUUUUUUAUACUUGUUUGGGGGUUCACUUUAUUUUAUUUACAGUGUCUGAUGGAACAGCUGGGGAUGAUUGGGGCAGAAGCUUGUUGGUUUCCACCAAGUGCCCAUGAAUAGUGUAGCGACUGAUAGUUCUUCAGGGGCACAUGGCUGUUUUCGCUUUUGUUUAUAGCUUAACCAUCAUUGUUUGGAUUUUUUUGGUUUUGAUCUGUAUCUCUCCGCAUUUUACUUCACUGGGCCUGUUAAUGUUGUUUUUGAUAUGAUUAACACUAAUACUAGGUUUCCAUCAUUGUUUUGCGGCAAAACUGCUUCAUUUUCCAUUUGACUUAUCUCCUGGAAUGUUAAUAUUCAUUAAGAGAACAUGAGAUUAAAUAUGCUCAUAUAUUCUUAAUGAAGUGGAAAAAUAGCCCACUCAGUGGUGUAAUCAAAAAUGAAAAGGAGUUUACCUUUUUUUGUAUUAUUAUUAUUGCUUUUCAUAAUGCAGUAGUGGCACUGUUACUAUAAUAGCCUUUGUGUUCAUUUGGAGAGUCUGCCUUACUCCACUAUACUGCAUGUUUAUACGAUAUUUCCAGGAACUUCUUAGCUGUGGUUCAAGUGAAAAGUUACUCCAAUCACCCUGAUGGAUUUAUUCUCAGAACGUGACAGGUUGAAAGUUUCCUGGAGUGACAUUUAUUAAAGAACUCAAAAAAGACCGUUAAUGUACAGAAACAUUUUUGUUCCUUUUUGUCUAUCCUAUGAUACUCCUCUCGUGGCAUUUUGAUACAUUUAUUCCUGUAAUGCUUACUGGAAUCACAUUCAAUCAAUUACUGAAAAAGUGUUUGACACCCGAAGUGCCCUCGGUCAACACGGUAUACGGUAUGGAUGACCAAAGGGCUUAGAAAGAUCAUGCACACACAGUGUGGAUCGGCUGCACUCCUUGUCGGAUUGCGUACCUCUUGAUCACACCUUUGAAAUACCGUCGUCUUGCGCCCUCACGUGUGUGGAUGUGUUUGCAUUUCUCGGGGUUCUGUUUCUGCUCAUUUUGCAUCACCCAGCGCUGCUGCUAAUAAACAAAAAAGAAAUGCACACACUAGUAUGUUUCUACAGACUUAUGUUGCCGUAUUCGGUCUCCUCCUUCUAGAGGGUCUGAGGUCAUUUCUUCACAGACUGUCAGCCUCUUCUGAAACGUUUUCAUUGUGAAUAACUAAGCUCUGAGAUUAGUGGUGUGUGCUGUGGACCCAAAGAAAAUUCUUGUACAUACCUUAAACCUUUUGCAUAAGUUAUACAUUCAUCCAGGACAGCAUCCUUAAUUCUGAAACAUCUGUAGGAAGAUCACUAAAUAUGGAAGACUGAAUUGUGUUACACUGAGCGAGUCAAAAUAUAAUGAGCGUAAUUGUGUCAUUUA